CCCGCGCUCAGCUAUGAUCAAAGCAACACAGGUGAGGCAGCCACAGAGACGCAUACAAUUGGCAUCUAAAAAGUAAGCCGUCCACCCGCCACCCCCCUCCUUCCCUUCUGCUUUUUUAUCUUCGCACACUGACACGGGUAGAAGCGCGGAGCACAUGGAUCAGAAUAAAGCAAAGCGAUCGGGUUUUGAAGACGUGGGGUAAGUUUGUUCUCGGCAAAACUUUCGGACAAAGGGAAUGCUGGGAUUGACGUGAGGGCGCCGUUUGAAGGGCUAUAAGGAACGCUGAGAUGUUCCCCGAGACCUCUUGUGUUCUCGUUCCCCUGUCAAAUACAGCAGCUGUUCUUGAAAAAUGACUAAGCGCACACGGACGCACAUAUACAUAUACAUAUAUGAGAUGUAGGCACAAGUCAAACACAAGGUCUCCUUUCAUCUGGUCUCUAAUGUGAUGACUUGAUUAAUGUCAUCUCUGACUCUCCUAGCACAAAUAGCUGGAGAUGAGAAUUAUCAAGAGCUUUAGGAAGUGUUGCGAUGAAGACGACGUGUCUGUGUUUUAUAUCCCUCCACCUAUUCUCAAACUUGCAUUAAUAUCAAAGCGCUCGUGACCGUUAGACUAUGCUCAUCUUCAGACAGCACACAUGAGAUUGACCCCGGGAGAAGUUAGACAGAACCAGGCCGAGCACAGGAUCCCGCAUGUACGACUCGUGUCAAUGUUGAAAUGAUUUCUCCGAUUCAUAUUUAUACAAAUCAAGGUUAUUUUACUUAACUAAGAUUACAACUUUGAAAACAUUUCUGUUCAUUGACAGUUCUGUUCAUUGACAGUUCUGUUCAUUUUUUGGAACAAAAUAAACUAAACCAAAAAUUGAACCAAAAGGUUUACAAACUGAGUUUAAAGCACUAAAAUUAUAAUUGGAAAUAAAAAAUAAUUAAAACAACGUAUGACUACAUAAAACAAAAAUCUUAAAAAAUGCAUGCCUUUAAAGUCUGACAGUAGAGCUCACACAAUCACCUUGGUCUGUUCUAUGAGGUUCUUCAAAGUAAUUGUAAUCGUUUACAACGAUUGUAAAAUCACCCCCAAAACAUAAACCCUAUCAUUUCUUUACUGACCCACAAACUUUGUUUCAAUAAAAAAACAUUACAGAGGCUUGUAGUAUCAAGGUGACAACAGAAAAGCAUUUGUAAAUUGUUCAACAAAAUGUUUCUUUAAAUCAUAAAUAAUAUACAAAUAAAUAAAAACGCAAUUACAACGCAUAUAUAAAACACAUUAAUCUGAAGCAUGGGGGGAAAAAAACAAAUAAUCCCACAGUAUUCCAUUACAUCAUUGCAUUGCAUAAAAAUGAAUAACAGGGUAACAAGAUUUGGUUCCAUAUGCCAGAUAUUUUUAAGGAGGUCGCCUUGACACUUCCCAUUUGCACGCGGUUCGAUGAACGAAGAAAAGAGGAAACCGAUUAAGAUUUAUAUCAGACAGAGUCUUACUGGCGAGCUUUAACAGAAAGACAAGAGAUCACAGACUGACGUAUGACACACCACACCUGAAACCACAAAUCACAGCAUCCAGAACAGGGAAAGCAGCGAUGUUUCAGCCGUUCUCAGGACUCCAUUCUCCCAUCAUGACUAAUGGAUCAAACCAGCAGGAUCAGUGGACCCCGGGACCUCCGUUCUCCACGUGUCCGCACACCAAACCAAACGCAGGCUUCAGCUACAGCAAGCAGCCGUCCACACGGCCCUGGCCAUGCACCCGAUGGAAGGUCCAAAGCCAUCUGGAGAACUCCAAGUAUCACCUCCACCAGACCCAGCAGGUCAAACAGUAUUUAACUUUAGGAAGCAAACUCGGCAGCCAGGCCCACCCUUACCCGGGCCAAGCCCUGGGCACGGUGCCCGUCAUGCGCAACGGACACAUGCCGCCGGUGACCGACAGCAGCACCCCGGGGAGCCCCGUCACCCUGCUCGCGCUGGCCAACAAUCACGACGACCAGUUUCCAAUGGAUGAAGUGAUUGAUGAUCUUAUUAGCUUUGAAACCGGGUUCAAAGACGGGGGUUUGGAUUGCAUGGAGCCGGGCAUCAUGAUGCAAAAUAAUGUGUCUCUGAACAACAGCAUGCUGGAGGUCUACGGCGGCGAGCCAGAACACGACACAAGGGUCAUGGCCAAAGAAAGACAGAAAAAAAACAAUCAUAAUCUAAUUGAAAGACGACGGCGAUACAACAUCAACUACAGAAUCAAGGAGCUUGGAACGCUGAUACCCAAAUCAAAUGACCCUGAUAUGCGCUGGAACAAAGGGACGAUCCUCAAGGCCUCGGUGGAAUACAUUAAGUGGCUACAGAAGGAACAGCAGCACGCCCGCGAUCUGGAGAGCCGGCAGAAGAAACUGGAACAGGCCAACAGAAGACUUGUGCUACGAAUCCAGGAACUGGAAAUCCAGGCUCGUGCUCACGGGCUGCCCAAUAUGGCCACUUCCAUAGGAUCUGUUGAGCUUUCGCCUCAUCUCCUAAAGCAGCAGCAACAACAGCAGCACCAGACCCACGCGGCCACUCAGGCCCCUCAGUCUGUUCCACCACCUCUCUAUCCUCAGGAUGACCUGAGCAGCCAGGAAUACAUCCAGCGGACACCCUUGCCGACAGCUUUGGGUGUUGGGAACGUCGAAGAACCGAACGACGGCUCCACCACCUUCUCCGACCCUCUGUCUCACUUCACCGACUUCUUCAGCAGCAGCCUGAAAGAAGAGCGACGACUGGAUGAGAUUCUAAUGGACGACGCUCUCUCGCCCUUCGGCACGGACCCGCUGCUGUCCGCCGGGUCGCCCGCCGCGUCCAAGGGGAGCAGCCGGAGGAGCAGUUUCAGUUCAGAGGAAACGGACGAGCUCUGACUGCCCGGACCUGUUUGUAACACUGAGUAACUGACCUCCCGUUUCCAUUGGAUUACAAAGAGGACUGACGACACGCCAAUCUUACGCCAAUGUCGAGUCAGACACAUCAUCAAAAAGGGAGAUUGACUGAUCUACUGACACUGAUCUACUGUACAGCCAGUUGUGUACGAAAGACUGUCUUCACAGCAAUGAACAUCCACUGGAUUGUUAAAGGGAUAAUUGGCCCAAAAAUGAAAAUUCUGUCAUCUUUUACUCACCCUCAGAUUGUUCCAAACCUGUAUAAAUGUCUUUGUUCUGCUGAACACAAAGGAAGAUAUUUGGAAGAACGUCAGUAACCAAACUCCCAUAGUAUUUAUUUUCCCAACUCUGGCAGUAAAUGGGGGAUGAGACCCGUUUGGUUACUGACGUUCUUCCAAAUAUCUUCCUCUGUGUUCAGCAGAACUCAGUGAGUAAACGAUGACAGAAUUUUCAUUUUUGGGUGAACUGUCCCUUUAAGUGUAUAAAUGGCAUUGAUGAAAAGGACCAGUUUAAAGGAGUUAGGGAGGGAUCUUUUGUGCCUUAUCUGACGUUGGCUAACUUUCAUGCAUUUAAAGCAAUGCUACUGUAAUUAUGCUAGGCAAAACAACCUAACACAUUUUUUUAUGUUUCAUACAGAAUGUAUUUUUUCAGAAACAUACCUGCUCAUGUGUUUAAAUGUUUUAAUCCUUGUACUCUUUAAAUAAAAAAAGGAAAAAUAUAACACGUUACUUUUUAUAUACGUAUGAAUCCGGGGGUGGGAA